AUGAACUCUUAAAAUAAGUAAGUGAAUUUGGUUUAUUUUCAGUUAACAAGGAAUUUUUGGAAAUGCUUAGGGACUAGGAUCUAAUCUAUUCGGCUCAUCAACAAGUCCAUCAGCACCAAUUUUUAACGCUAGUGGAUAGACAUAGAAUUAAGGUUCUAUAUUUAAUUCAUAGGGUAAUAUGGCUGGAGCUUCAUAAGCAGCAGCAUAGCCCUCAAACCAAAAUAUAUUUGGGAAUACAUAGCCUACUGGAAAUAUAUUUGGUAAUAAUCCCACAAAUAAUAACAAUAUUUUCUCAGGGACAUCAGCAGCAGCCUAACCACCAUAAUAGUAACAACCACUGUUUGGAGGUGCAGCUCCUUAAAUAAAUUAAACAGGAUUAGGUGGUUUAGAUUCUCUUUCAUAAUAACCAUUAGGUGGUUAACCACAUUAAGCAAAUAACAAUUCUACGUCUUUAUUUCCAAACCUAAAUUCCAAUCCAUUUCCCUAAUCUACUCAACCAAAUACAAACUAGUCAAAUGCAUCAAAUCUCACAGGUUUAAGUACCUUUAAUAAUGUCACUUCAACUGGAUUAGGAACGGGAACUACUUAGAGUAAUGGAUUAGGGGUAACAAGUGGAGGAUUGUUUGGAUUAUAACAAAAUAAUGCUUAGCCAUCUUUAAUAAACAAUAAUUAAGUAGCUCCGCAAAAUCAAGCGUCAGCUCCAUUAAACCUCCAAAAUCCAUCAUCAGCUCCUCCUACUUCAAACCCUUUAGGAACAACAGCACAAAGUUCUAAUCAAGCUUAACCUAAUCAAACCUAAGCAAGUCCACUUAGUACUUCAAAUAAUUUAUUUGCUAAUCCAUCUAGCAGUCUUUAAACUUUGUCAUAACCAUAAUAAUAAACAAUAGGGUAAAAUUGGAUUACAUAGCCAGCAGCGCAACCAUUAGGAUAGCCUUCAACCCAAGCAUUAGGAUAACCAUCAACCCAAGCAUUAGGAUAACCAUCAACACAACCAUUAGGAUAACCAUCAGCACAACCUUUAGGAUAACCACCAACACAACCUUUAGGAUAACCAUCAGCACAACCAUUAGGAUAACCACCAGUAUAAUCACUAGGAUAAACAACAGCACAACAAUUAGGAUAAACAUCAGCAUAACCACUUGGAUAACCAUCAUUACAACCACUAGCUCAACCAAUAGGAUAACCCCCAGCACAACCACCAACUCAAUAAUUAACUACCUAAUAACCAAUAACAAUUUAAACUACUCCAAGCAUAAUCUAAAUUGGAGCAUAACCAAGUUAAUAAUAAACAUCUUAAUAGCCUAAAUAAUAAACUUAACCAUAAUAAUAAAGUACACAAUAAUAACCAUUGCUACCAUAAACUACUUAAGUAUCUUAAUAGCAAUCAGUAUCUCAAUAGUAAUCUACAGGUUAAGCAUAGCCUUAGUAAAAAUUAUAAUUACCACUUUCAAAGAAUAGAGAUUUUUAUAAAAUUAUGGAAGUUUUGAAUUGUAGAGAUGAAGUUAAAAUUUAGAAUUUAUUUAAAGAAGACGAAAAUUUAUAUAAAAUAAUGAUAUAAGGAUCUAAUUGGUUCUCUUUUUCUGAUAAUAAAAUCUAACUUUAAUCAGAUACUCCUUUUGAUUAAGAAAUUAGAACUAAAUGCUUUGAUAACAAAAUUAAAAGUGAAGUCUAUUAUGUUUUAAAAGAUAGUUUGUAAGCAUCAAGAGUUAAGAUAUUGAACGAUCAAUUCUAAAGAAAAUAGAAAGCACCAGAAAAAAGCAAAUUUUUUGAUAAUGAAAUUAAAAAGUUUUAGCAUAUAUUUUUUAAUCAUUAUGCUGAAUAAAGAUCUUAAUUGGUUGCAGGAUUAAAAUUAAUGCUUGUUAAUUUAAUAAACGAUGAGGAAAUUGGUAAACCUUCAAAAUAAUUAAAUGAUAUGUUUAAGAAGGGUCUUUUAGAAGGAUUAGCUAAUUCAUUUUUAAAUGUACCUGUAGCCUUGAAUUUCUAUUUAAAAUAGGAAUACUUUUCAGAAGAAUAUACUUUUUAGACAUUUUAACAUUUUGUAUCAGAAUAAACAUAAAUCCUUGAGAUAUUCACAAUUUUAUAAAGUUAUUUUUAAAUUGAUAGAUUUGAAGAUGUAUAUAUAAAACCAGCCUAGAAAUUAAUAGAUAAUAUGAAAAGUACUCAAUUUCUAGGAUUAUUCCAUAAAAAUGAACAUCUAGUAUUCUAAGAGUAUGGUCCUUUGUCAGCUAAAUUAUAAGAGGAAUAUAAAAAGAUAGCAUUUAUUUUUGUUUUAUCUUAAUGCAUUAGGCCUCUAUAUUAUUGGAGAGAGACUGAUUUAGAAGAAUAUGAUCUUCCACCUUUAUGGAUUAAUAAGGUUGAAGCAAUAAAAUUUAUGUAGCCAGAUAAUAUUUAAAAGAUUUUUUAGAUUGCAAUUUUUUUGUAAGAAGGUAAGGAUAUUUAAAAUUAGAAUGAUUACGAAAUUAGUUUAAGAUAUUUUGAAGAAGUUCUUAGAGUAUUAGAGAAUGCAUCAAUAAAUAGUCAUUUUUGGAGUUGUGUAUGUACUUGUAUUUAUCAAUGGAUAAGAUUUUACAAGAAUAAAUAUUAAGAAGAUGAAUAUGAUGAUGAAGUUGAACUCUUAUCAAAGAUAUUUUCAAUUCUUUUAUAAUUACCUAAACUAUGGUUUAUGUUUAGUGAAUCUGUAAAAUAAAAUGAAUCAGCUGAAUAAAUUAUAUUUGAUAGAUUAAAUAAAUUGAAAGUGUUUCGUAAAAUUAAUUAGCCUGAGACAUUAGAUUUAAUGUCAGAUGAUCACAAUUAAUUUUAAAGUUUACACAAUAUGAUAAGAGAUUUUUCUGAAGGUAAAUUGACAAAUAAUUUAUAUAAAUCAUCUGAUUUCUUAGGUAAAAGUAAUAGAGCUUCUAUGGAUUAUUAUAAUGAAUAAAAUAAAUUAAAAAAUAAGACAUUGUCUAUGGGUAUAGAUAAUUUAGGAGUGAGUGUUUAUAAAUUUAAGCAUGCAAUUAAAUUUAUUAAGGGAGAAGUAAAAAAAUCAGCUAAUUCAAUUAAAAGAAUAGCUUUAUUGUGUAGUUCAAAUAACAUAAAUAGAUAAAUACUUAAAGUAACAUCAGAAUGUUCAAGAUUAAUUGAUUUAAUAAUUGAUACUCAUAAAGAAGAGGAGAAAGCUAUUUAAUUAAUAAAUAAUUUAUUAACAAUAGGUUCAGAAGCUGUUUAGAUUAUAAAUUAUAUAUUAGAAGAUCCUAUUCUUUAAAAAGAAAUGGCUGAAGAGAUAAAUAAAUUGUCUACUAAUGAAUAAUAAAUUUAGAGACAAUAAGGAUUUUCUUAUCAUCCUUUAUUUGAGUUGUUUCAUAUAGCAAGGAAAUGUCAAGCUUCUUAUUAAUUCAAGGUGAAAUAAGUUAUUAGAAUCCAUUUGAAUUAUGCUUAAUUAUGUAGUGCAAUAAUAGGAUAAGAUAAUCCUUUGCAAUUAUUUGAAUAAUAAAAUAGUAAUCAUUAUUAUUAAUCAACAUAACAUACAUUUGUGAAAAAUACUCUUGAGACCUUUUUAAGAUUUUAAUUAUAAGAAUGGAAAAUCUUUGAGGAAGAUAAGAUGGAAGUCACUAUUGAAUAUUAGGCAAGUAUGUAUUUAGCAUUGUAGAAGAUCUUAAAGAAAUUUUUAUUUUAUCAUACUAAAGAAUACAAAGAGACAUAAUUACAUAAUCUAAUCAAAUAAUAAUUGAAUGAAAUUAAUAGUUAAUUAAUUCUUGAAUUUUUAUUAACUAAUUUAGAUGUUACUUUAACAGAUUCUUUUUUUGAAGAUAUUGGAUAAAAAUAAUUAUCUAAUAAUAUUAAUAUGAUUGGAAUUAAAAAUAAAUUAUAUGAAUAAGUAAGAAAUUUUGAUAAAUUAAAAUAUCAUGUUACUUCAUUAUUAAUUAAUUUACUUGAUUGUUGGAAUACUCUUAUUGAUUUAUAUUCAAUCUAUGAUGAAACUUUUAGUAAUAAUUUAUAAUUAAUUAAAUAAUUACAUUAGUUUUUUUAAGAAGAAUAAUAUUUUUUAUAAUAGAUAGUUAGUACAUAUCAUUAAGAUAUUAAUGGUUAUGUCAAUAAUAGAGUAAAAUUGAAUUUUAUACAUUCUAUUUUGGGUCUAUUGAAUACAAUAAGUGAACCAUAAAGUAUUUGUUUAGAUCCUCCUGAUGUUGAAGAUAUGGAAUAAUUGACGUUUAAAUCAAUAUAUGAAGAUAUGAAAUUUAAAAAUUAUCAUUAAAUAUUAGAAAGGAAUUUACCAUAACAAAGUACAAUAUUUACAAGUGCUUUACGUUUGUUAUCGAAACCAUUACUGAAUUAUAAUUUGGAAUAGAGUAUAACAACAAUAGAAACAGAAGAAAAUUAAUUAUUAAAUAAGAGAAUACAUUAUCAUCAUUUAAUAUUUUAGAGUCUUCACACUAUUUUAAAUAGAUUAGAUAAGAGAUGUUAUUUAAUUGAAAAAUAAGAAAUAUUGGAAUUUUUAAUUAUAAGUCUAGAAAAUAAUUAAUCAUUUAUGCAAUAUGUACUCAAAUCAUAAAAUCCAAAUCUAAGUUCAGGAAUUAAAUAUAUAUUAGAAUUGUUACAAAAUAUAUUGGGAUAUGAUGAUGAUUUAGAAUAAGAUUAUAAAAUUCCAAUGUUGGUUUUAGUAUUCCUACAUUAAAUUUUGUGUGUAAAUUAAUCUAGAUAUUAAUCAUUUGCAAAAGAAUGUAGAACUACUUAUGCUUCUUUAAUGCUUAAAUUAUGUAGAGAAGUUUAAAUUUGUUUAAAUAAAAGAUGUGAAAAAUUAACUAAAUUUUUAUCAAAUAAGAAUGCUAAAAUAUAUAUUACCAGAGAAACAGGAUCAGCAAUAGAAUAAUGUGUAUUUGAGAAUUGUGUAUUAGAUGCAAUAGAAGAAUUAGUUAUGUUAGAGUACUUUUUAAAAUUGCUUAUAAAUGAAAUGAAAUAAGAAUCAAAAGAAACAACAAAAGCAUUUGGUGAAUUAAUAAAAUUAAUGUUUUAGAAACACUUUAUAAGAGAAUGGUAUCUGUUAUUAAUCCAAUUCAGUGAUCAUGUUGAAUUUGCAAAAUUCUUAAAACGUACACCUAUAAUAAAAAGUAAUACAGUUUUCAAUUAUUUAUCAAAUUACAUUUAUAGUUAUGGUCGUGACUUUUAAAUUGAUAGUAAUACUGUUAAUUAUAUUGGUGGUAAUGCAAUUGCAAUAUAAAAAUCUAAUAUUAUGGCUUCAUGGUUUACUUAAUUAUUAUCUACAUUUAAUCAAUUAUCUUAGUUUGUUUAAUUCUUUUUUUCAAUAGGUUUGACAGGAUCUCCUUUUAGUGACAAUUAUUAAAAAGAUUUAUAUGAAGAGAUAGAACUUGGAGAUUCAAUAUUUUCUCCUAAUAAUGGAAAGAAUAUUAUAGAAGGAGGAGUAGUAAAACUAUUUGGUUAAGAAGAUAAUUAAUAUAGUGAAACUGAAUAUGUAUUUAAUGCUGGAUUAUAUUUCUUAUAAAAAGGAAGUUAAAGUCUUUAUGCUUUGGAUACAUCUAAAAUCCAUGAAGAAUUAAUCAUACCAGCCAUAGAAAUACUUAAUCAAAUAUGUUGGUAUAGUCAAUAAGUAGUAUGCAAAUAUAAAAAUAUGAAUGCUAAUAAAGAAAUUUAAUUAAUGACAUAUGAAAAGCUUAACACUAUGAGUAAACAUUAAAUUGUCUUUUUUAAGAGAAUUUUGGAAAUGAAAUCUGUUUGCAAUAAUGAAUACAAAGGAAAAUAUAGGUAAGUGUUGUUUACAUGUUUUCAUUCUAUGUUAUUAAUCUUAUAAAGUGUGAAAGAAAAUGAAUUAUAAGAACCUUAAGAAUUGGUUUAAGUAUUUCAUUAUUUCAUAUUGUAAAUUGAUUUCAAUGAUCCAAAUUGUAAAGAACUUAUAGGAUAAUUAUCUUAAAUUCUAUCAGUUAUAUUAAAUGUUUAUCCAGCAAAUCCAGAAUUGUUAGAUAAACCUAAUGAAGGAUUUUAUGACAUUAUCAAUUUACAAUUAGAAGCAUUAAAGAAUUAAAAUAAUUCUAAGAUAUUCUAAUCUAUAAUCUAAUGUUGGAUAGAUAUAAUCACAUUUAAUAUAACAAAUAAAAUAGAUGUAAGAUAUUUAAAAUAACUAACAUUCAUUGCAGAUGAAUAAAUCUAUAAUUCUAAUGAAAAUGGAUAAUAUAAUCAUAAACAUUCUAUGUGGUGUCAUGUACUUGUAUUAGUUAGAGAAUUAUUAGCUUAUGAUCAAACCUAAUGUAGAUCAAUAUUAGAAUUUAUGACUUCUCAUGAAUAAAGAAUACAUUCUGCAAUUAUUUAAAUUGAUCAAACUUAAUAAUAUUAGUCUCUUAGACAAUUUACAGAUGUUACUGGAUUAACACUUAAACAUAUUUAAACUUAUUAAUAAAGUUAUAUGUUAUUUUUUGAAUUGUCUUAAAUAACUUAAUUCCUUCUUGAAUUUAUUUUAUGUAAAAAUAUGAGAUUACAAUUUAAAAGACAAUUAGAUAAAAUUAUCUAUACAUUUAUGGGAUAAUAUAGUUAGCAAUUAGGAUAUCAUAAAAAACUUAAAUCAUUUUUCCAAAGUUUUAAACCAUAUACUUUACUUGAAACAAAACUUAAUUAAUUGUUUGCAAAACCUGAAUCAAUUAAAAAUUCUGAUUAUUUUUCAAUAUCCUAAUCUGCUUAAAUUAUGAAAUAAAAUUAAACUUUCUCUCCUCAUCGAACAACUCAAAGAGAUUAAACAUCUAAUUUUGAUGGAAAAUCUACAUAAGGUGGUGGAUAAAAAUUCAAUCUAAAAAGAGAUGUAGAUAAUAUAUCCUUAUUUUAAUACAUAUGUUUAAUUGAAUAUUUAAGAUUCUGUCGUUUUAGUAUUUAAGGUAUUGCAGCUUCUAUGAAUAUUUUUGAAGUGGAUCGUAAUUUCUAAUUGGAAGAUAAUGUUUGGAAUAGUUUUGGUAAUAAUAUAUAGAAUUUCAUACAAUUCAAUUUUGAUGCUUUUGCAAAUCUAUCCUAAUCUGAAUAUAUUAAUAAUUUGAUUAAAAUGCAUUAAUGGCUUUUAGGUAAUUAUGAUUUUCAAAUUUAAUAUAAUGGACUAUAAUAAUAAUGUAUAUAUCCAAGUAAUUCUAUAUUUUAUAUAUUAAUAGCAAAUAGAGAUGAAUUAUUAUAAAUGUUUAUUCAAAACAUCAUUUAUGGUUUCUGUACUGAAUUACAAUAUUUAUAAUUGAGAGAAGUUCAUAGAAAGAUUAAUUUUAUCAAAGAUUCUUAUAAUAUUGAAAUUAAUUUAACAAAGGAAUUAAGUAUUAUAAUUAUAAUAUUUAAGGUAAAUAUGCUGAAACAUUAAAACCUAUUCAAUUUGUAAAAUAGAUGGAAGCAUAAGAUCUAUUAAAUGAAGUAUUAUCUUUUGGAGAAUAUCCAAUUAAUGAAGCAAAUGAUAGCUAUUUUAAUAGAUGGAAAACUAAAUUUGAUGAAAAGAGUGCAGAAUAUAAAAAAAUAUGA